AUGGAAGAGCGCAAAAGACCAAGUCCCUACGAUCAGGUCGACUCGGCUCCCCCGUCAAAAAAGCUGGCUACCUCUGCAAAUGGCGCGUCAAAGUCCCACAAAGAUGACGAUAUGCCAUGGAAAGAUGAUCUCGAGACAUAUCAAAAAGAUGCGAUCCUCCGACGGAUGCAAGAAUACAAGAGGGAGAAAAAUACACUUGAGUCGCAAUUAAAAGAAAUGAGGAAGAAGGCCCGAUAUCACGAUGACCAUCUGCGGAUCAUUGAUUCUUGGUUUCAACAAGUAAUAGAUGAAGUCAAGCUCAUCGCGCAAGGCGAUGACGACGUAGAUAUGGAGUCGUCAUCGUUGCCAUCGUCUCUCCUCUUUACAGACCAAGAGCAUUUUCAAGAGCAUUUACAGAGUCGAUCAAAAGAGAUCAAAGCUGUGAUAUCGAAGUUGUUCGGCUCUAAGAAUCCCGCUUCUCCUGACAUAACACAAAUGCAGUCGCGGAUCUCACGGCUCCUCGCGGCUGAAAAAGGUCACGUAGUGGAACUAUCAAGGCUGCAAUCGGAGAAGGAAGAUCUGGAGGCGCGGCUAGAAAACGCAUCUUUGCGGUAUAUGGUUGCGGAGAAGAAAAUCGACAGAGCCAAGAGCGUGACUGUUGCGAAGUUUGAAAAACAGGCACUGAUGGGCGCCACAAAGACGCAGACCGAAGACGGCAGCUCAGUCAAGCGAGAAGACAGCGUUGUCAACGGGACAACUGACCAUGCGGAAGAACUUGCGGAGGUUGAAACCCAGCUGAACAAAAAAGCUGCAGCUUUCGAGAAGCAGAAAGAUCAGUUGGAAAAACUAGAAGAAGAGAACGCUCGAUUGAAUGCCCAAAUAACAGAAUUGACGACAAAAUCGGUGAUAUUGACGGAUGACGAUUACGCGAAAACGGAGCUGUUCAAGCAGUUGAAAUCACAACAUGAAGACGUCAUCAAGAGAAUAAAUAACCUCGAAGCAGUCAAUACUGAAUUGAAGGAGGAAGCUACAAAGUUAAGAUCGGAGAGGACGACGUUUCAGUUGCAUCUUGAGAACGAGCGUCGGGUUGCCUUGCAAGAGAAAGAGUCCCUUCUUGCAGCGUCGGAAGCCAAUCUCGCACGCAUUCGACAUAAUCGAGAUGAGUUGCUAGCAGACCAAGCCGUCAAGAAAGCAACACUCGAGCAAGAUCAAGAAGCGUUGCGAAAAAUGAAAGAACUAUCUUCAGCUUUAGAAGACCAGAUCCGCGCACUGGAGUCAAAAAAUGAGCGUCUUUCCGAGUCGAAUGCCAUGGCCGUGGACGAUGUGGCAUUGGAAGGUCUAAGUCUCGAAGAGCUGAGAGGAAAAUAUACCGAACUGGAGCGUAAGUACAAUUUACUGAACGUCGAACUGUCGUCAAUGUCUACGGCAUUCCAAAAGACGUCCAAAAUUGCGACUCAGAAGGUGUCCGAUUUUGCGGCUAUGGAAGAAAAGGUGCUGCGACUGUCGGCCGAGAAAGCCAAAGCAGACCAAAAAUUCUUCGCAGCCAUGAAGAGCAAAGAAACUCGCGAUUCUGAGGUACGGACGUUGCGUUUGCAGAAUUCGAAAUCUGCAGAGGCAGUCUCGCAACUGAAAGAGGCCGAAAAUGCCAGCCGAGCUCUCUUGGUCACAAUGGAGAAACAGCUGGCUGAAAUGAAGGAUGCUCUAACCCAGAAGAUUAACGAGCACCGCAAUGUUCAACAGCAAAAUAUAACUCAAGGUCUCGAAGUUUCGAGACUGAAUUCUCAGGUCACUGAACUGAAGAAUCAAUUGACUGCAAAAGACACCACGUUAGCUCAGACAUCCAGUGUUUGCCGUGCGGCGGAGGUUGAAGCCGAAGAAUUAAAAGCCUCGUUGAAAGACUGCCGGCGGAACCUCGAAAUGUGGAAGAGCAAGAGUGGCCAACAUGAACAGUACGAGAUUUUGCGGCAAUUUGCUUAUUGCAACGUAUGCAAAAAGAACCUCAAGAACACCGUCAUGAAGAAUUGUGGCCAUACAUUCUGCAACGAAUGCGUCGAAGAACGAAUGACGUCGAGAUCGAGAAAAUGUCCAAAUUGCGGAAAAGCGUUUGGCAGCAACGACCACAUGAGGAUUACGCUCUGA